AUGAACAGAAAAGAGAGCGAGAAACAUGAUCACUCGACGAAUAUGAAUACUUAUGUGAAUUUGCAGCAGUUGCUUUUGCUUUUGCCUUUGCCUUUAACUCUGCCUCGGCUUUAUGGCUUGGGCUUGGGUUCAGUUUUGAAUCAAAUAAGUAAAUAUCUAAGUAAAAGGAAGGAGAAGACUUUUCUGCUUUUUGCUGCUGUUGCUGUUAAGCAGGUUAAAGACCUUACUUUGAGACAUUAUCGUAUCUCUGGUUUGUCUAAAUAUUUAGAAAUUUCAUUUAAAAUAAAACUCAUUCCAGAUGUAAAGCGACAGAGAUCUCAAAAAUAA